AUGCUUUCCAUUAGCGAUACUACACCGGGGGUUCUUUCAGGCUUCUUGAGUGUUUGUGCCAUCGUUUGCUGGAUAUUUGUGUUGUUUCCUCAGCAGCUACGAAACUACAAGCGUAAGUCCGUGAAAGGGCUAUCACCUUACUUGUUAUUGUUCCUCUUCCUCGGUGACUUUCUCAAUAUGAUGGGUUGUAUUUUGACCCACCAGCUACCAUUCCAAUUAUAUAAUAGUUGUUACGCGGUGUCCAAUGAUGUUAUUCUUUUAUUUCAAUACUGGUAUUACGGAACCUAUAUUAAAAAUCAGAAUAAGCUCAUAUCGGAAAAUGAUAUUUCUGAUGAUGCAAGCCUUUACAAUGAGGAAAUGAUGGAAAACAGUAUUGGAAGUCUCAAUAGUAAUCUUAUUAGUUCAGGUUUGCUCAUGGCUUCACAAAUCACCACAGCAUCAGCCAUGCCAGUGAAUACUGAUGAAAUUCUCAUGAAAUCAUUAUCUCAAAUGACUAUCGGUCGAUUCAUUGCUUAUUGUUGUGCCUUUUGCUAUAUUACCUGCAGGUUACCCCAAUUGCACAGAAACUAUCACAACAAGUCAACCAGAGGCACUUCCCCAUAUUUCCAUGGGCUUGCAAUCAUCGGCUGUGGCUUGUAUGCAUCAUCUAUUUUGACAUCAAACCAGUUCUUAUUCAAUCACGAUCCAGUUUCUAAAUGGGAUUUUUUCAACAAUGAAUUUCCCUACUUGCUCAGCAACUUUGGAUCAAUUCUUCUAGACCUUUGCUUCUUUUAUCAAUAUUUCACGUAUGGUGAUCAUUUGCGUGAGCGUGAAGUGGACCGAAUUUUGGAAAUCAGUGAAGCUACUGCUUUGCUCGGAUGA